AUUUUUAUCAGCAAAGAAACGGCUCCCCUGUCCUGGAUACAGCUAAACUUAAAAGGUGUGGUAAGUAUAACCGAGUUUUGCGUUACUAGAAGGACUUGGCAAUUACCUGCUGAACAAACAAGCGUCUACGACCUCGACCAGGGUGGCCAGAAGGGUGGACAAGGGGCGCGCACUUUUUUCCAAUAUUUGACCGACCAAUUUCACACUAGGACAAGAACAUCAGCAGCAAUCAAUCUAUAACGAAUUUUCUGGAGCAAGAGGAUGGAAAGAAUUUUACAGCAGGCAGACAGGGGAAAAUCGGUAACGAGAAAUAUAUUUAGAGUCAUUUAGAACCAGUCACCAACCCUUGCAAAUGAAACCCACCGACGAGACAAAGCACCGUGGUUUAGCGAACCUGACGCAGCUACGCGCAGUUAUUUAAAGUUACCGCAACUGUUUGUUUGCGUGUACGACUUCCAACUUGACAAUCCCGUAAGGUGACAAUCUACAUAGAACGUGCCUCUCGCAGAGAACUUACUGGGACUAACAUUAGGUUCCUACUUGUAUCAAAUUCACUUUCGUCGUCGUCGGCAAAGGAGAUCGAACGGAAGCGCCAAAAGACACGAUUUCUUAAACAAUCUUGUGGGUUUGAGUAUCGUGUGCAUUUGUCAUCUAUGCCACCUUAUACCGUCCCUUCAAAAGCGGGACAAACAUGUUAAAAGCUAGGCAAGCAAAACCUUGCAACUGAUUUUGUGAGUAUUUUUGUCAACUAUCGCCGAAAAACCAUAAACAUUGAAACAGUGCACCGAAGUGAGAGCCCCGGCUUCCUCUGAGGUAUAACUUUUAGAAGAAAAAGUUUUAAGUUCUGUAACCUCGUAGUGAUCGUCUGCAAUAUCUUUUCCCCACCUGGACACACUGUGAAGAUAAAAUUCAGCAGUUGGGAAACAAACAACAUCGAGUACAGAACUUGGACAGUGUUUGAGCAGAUUGCAAUAUCUCUCCUCAAAGCCUCCAUUCGCACUUUAGUAGCAGGUGUAAACCCGUAAGUGGUGAAUGGUAUUUAACUUAGACUGACUGCUUUCAGGGCACGUUUGCGAAAAUGCAAUUGCCAGAUUCCCCCGGCGGUGGAGUAUGUUACUUAUUUCUGUUCAUGGCCGUUCGACUGAGUUCCACGGCGGUAGGGCUUCAGACAGCGAUCAAGAUGCACCAGGGGGCGAUCCUUAGAGGUCACACAACAGUGGACGGGGAGGAGCACCUGGAAACGGCGGCUCAUCUGGUGCAGAGUGACAUUAGCCAUAGUCGUAGCCAACACGAUGAACUGAAGAUGCUCAAACUCUUCGGAUUGAGUGAAAGGCCCAGUCCCAAGCCUAAUUCAACUGUACCUGGUUUUAUGUACCAGCUGUACGAAAAAGUUAGGCUGUCUGAAGAAAGGGACCAGGCAAGAUGUCAUUUCUCUGACCAGAGCAUCCCUGGGAACGUCAUAAGGAGUUUGCGGAAUAAGGGUCCUCCAAAAGACCAAGACUUACGAUUUCAUCCAAACGGAGUAAGGAUAUUUUUUAAUCUGUCCGUGGUCCCAGCGUUAGAGUCGGUCACCCGGGCUGAACUGCGAAUAGAAUCAUCUCAGUUGACAAAACAGGACAGAGCGGAGAAUUCACAGAAGUGCAAGAUAAGCAUUUACCAAAUUCGACGCACUUUAAAUAUCAGAAUUUCCAGUUCAAUUGACUCACUGCACCUAAAACACAUAUCUUCAUCAGUAUUUGAGCUGAACACUGAAAAUGACUCGCUGGAUUCAUGGCAAUCACCAGACCUAAUUGAAAUCGUCAAAUUUUGGUCGGAAAAUCCCACCAAAAACCAUGGCCUUUACUUACUUCAUGAACCAUUAGAAUCGAAUUCAGUCGAAAACCGCGACUCGUUGUGUUCAAAUCUAGAAAGUAGUUCGAUCUCUCUACUAGUCGUUACCAGCGACACAUCAAAAUGUCACCACAGAGUCCGGCGUUCGAAGCCAACAAUAAAUUUCGCACGCAGCAAUCUUUGUCGCCGCCACGCGUUGUUCAUCGAUUUUAAAGAUGUCGGCUGGGCAAAGUGGAUAAUCUCCCCUGUUGUCUAUCAAGCUUAUCGUUGUCAAGGCGAUUGCCCGUUUCCACUGAACGAACAUUUAAAUGGGACUAACCAUGCGAUUAUCCAGAAUUUAGUCAAUUCAAUGUAUCCGUCGACUGUGCCACGCGCCUGCUGUGCGCCAACCCAUCUUUCUGCCAUGUCAAUGUUAUAUUUCGACAACCAUGACAACGUUGUCUUAAGAAAAUACGAAGACAUGAUAGUUGAUUCUUGUGGUUGCCACUGACAACUUGGUAACUGUAAUGAUAUUGCUAUUGUCAAUAUAAUUUUAUAAUUUGUGUGUAAAGCAAAAAAAAAAAAAAAUGAAUCCAAUUUAGAAAGAUCUGUUUUGUCCUGCUCGCUUUUAUUGUUAAAGGUUGGAGGGGGGAUGAAUGCCUUAACCUUGUCUCGGUACAUGUUGUAACUGGUAUAUCUGAAACUAUGGUACAUAUAAAAAGACAUUUAUCUAUUUUAUUGCUGCAAACAAAAAAAUGAAGCCGCUAAAAAGUUAUUCUUGUAGUCGAUUGUUUUUUAUUUAUUUCCAAGCACCUCUGAAUAUCUACAAAGAAUUGAAAUUCACCUCGCUGCUUUAUUUUCUAUAAUUUAAGCAUCAUUCUGUAAGUGAGUGAUGAAAUUGUACACGCCUUUCCACUUAAAAAUGAGUAUCAAUAAAAUGCGAUUGUUGAGAAUU